AUGCCCGUCUACGACCUCAAGCGCCUGGCGGCCGUGCCGUCGGCGAGCGAGCUCGUGGACAUCGUGCUCAUGCGCACGCAGCGCAAGACGCCCACCGUGGUCCACCCGGGCUACAAGAUCACGCGCAUCCGGUCCUUCUACAUGCGCAAGGUCAAGUUCACGCAGCAGACCAUCUCCGAGCGCCUCGGCGCCAUCGUCCAGGACUUCCCGCGCCUCGACGACGUGCACCCGUUCCACAGCGAUUUGAUGGGCGUGCUCUACGACCGCGACCACUACAAGCUCGCCCUGGGCCAGCUGAACACGUGCAAGAAGCUCUGCGAGACCGUGACGCGCGACUACGUGCGCCUCAUCAAAUACGCGGACUCGCUCUACCGGUGCAAGUCGCUCAAGGUCGCGGCGCUCGGGCGCAUGAUGACGCUGCUGAAGCGCCAGCGCGCGUCCCUGGGCUACCUCGAGGAGGUGCGCAAGCACCUGGGCCGCCUCCCGGCGCUGGACCCGUCCGCGCGGACGUUGUUGGUCUGCGGCUUCCCGAACGUCGGCAAGUCGUCGUUCAUGAACAAGGUCACGCGCGCCGAGGUCGAGGUCCAGCCCUACGCCUUCACGACCAAGUCGCUCUACGUGGGCCACAUGGACCACCGCUACCUGCGCUGGCAGGUCAUCGACACGCCGGGCAUCCUCGACCACGAGCUGGAGAAGCGGAACGUCAUCGAGAUGCAGGCCGUGACGGCUUUGGCGCACCUGCCCUGCGCGGUGCUCUUCUUCGUGGAUGUGUCCGAGCAGUGCGGCUACACGAUCGAGCAGCAGUCGAGCCUGUUCCACAGCAUCCGCGCGCUCUUCGCGGACAAGCAAUUGGUGCUGGUCGCGAACAAGACGGACGCGAAAAAGGUCGAGGACUUGGACGCGGGCCGGAAGCAGCUCCUCGAGGACAUGCUGAGCGCCCACCGGACGAACGGGCCCGGCGGCGACGAGAUGGCGAAGAUGGUCGAGAUGUCGAACGUCACGGAGCAGGGCGUCGCGGACGUGAAGAAUCUCGCGUGCGACCUGCUGCUCGCGCACCGCGUCGAGAAGCGGCGCGCGUACCAGGGCGGCGCGCGCGUCCGCGACCGGCUGAACCGCUUGCACGGCACGACGCCCGACGCCGUCGAGGACAUCCGCAAGGUCGCCGCGGCCGCGCGGUCCGAGGCCGACGCGGCCGAGGCGCGCGUCGCCAAGGCCGCGCCGCGGCCGACGGAGCGCGACGUCAUGUGGCGCAACGGCGGGCCGGGCGUCUACUCCGCGGACCUGACGCGCGAGUACAUCGGCCAGCUCAAGUGCGACGAGUGGCGCACGGACUUGGUGCCCGAGAUCAUGGACGGCAAGAACGUGCUCGACUUCGUCGACGAGGACAUCGUCGCCAAGCUCGCGCUCCUCGACGAGGACGAGGCCGAGGCCGAGGAGGGCCUGGAAUCCGCCGCGCGCGAGGCGGCCCACGCGGCGCUGUCGCCCGCGGAGCUCGCGCUCGUCACCGCCGUCCGCGACAAGAAGGUGCUCAACCGCCGCGUCGCGCAGGCGGCCCGGGGCCGCCGCAACGCGCCCGUGCCCCGCCAGGCGCGCCUCCGCUCCGAGGGCGCCGCGGGAAACGACGAGGACGACGCCACGGUCCGCGGCCGCGCCAAGUCCGCGGCCGUGAAGCGGACGCGGUCGCUGAGCCGGCCCUCGGAGCGCGACGGCCGCGCGGCCGCGCGCGCCGAGGCCAUGGACGUCGACGGCGACGCCGACGCGAACCCGGCGAAGAAACAGAAGCGGUCCGCGAGCCGCGGCGACGCGCACCGGUCCCAGUCGCGGCCGCCGCCGCGCGACGAGCAGGGCCUCAACGAGGCCGACCAGGACGCCGCGCGCGAGAUCGGCAAGAAGAUGCAGAAGAAGAUGAACCGCAUGGCGCGCUCCGGCGAGGCGGACCGGAAGACGGGGCCCAAGCUCAUCCGCUGGAUGAACGAGGGCAAGAUGGGCCGCGGCGCGCGCAACUGCCGCUGA